GCUACGCAUGCGUGACAGUUCACAAAAUGGAUUACUUCCGGAAAUAUCUGGCACCACAACAAGGAGAAAACCAGCCGACAGGUGCCGAGACUGUUGAACGGCUGGUAGAUAGAGCUUCAUCUUCCACUCUACUCGAUGACAGGCGAGAUGCUGUGCGAGCCAUCAAAGCUCUCUCCAGGAAAUUCCGACUGGAAGUUGGUACCCAGGCAAUGGACACAUUGCUCAAUGUGCUGGAGAUGGACCGAUCAGACUCAGAGAUUACUGGAUAUGCGCUAGAUGCACUCUGCAAUGUCAUGUCAAAUGAACCUAUGGAUGAUGAUGAUGAUGAUCAUCAAGUUGGGCCAGAUGAUUUAGGAGCUCAGUUCACAGAGAUUUUCAUCAAGAAGGCAGAUAAUGUUGGACUUCUUCUGUCUCUAUUGGAGGAGUAUGACUUCCAUGUGCGUUGGCCCACAGUUCGCCUGUUGACCACACUGUUGAGUAACAAGUGUAAAGAUGUACAGGAGUGCAUUCUCGUUCAUCCCAUGGGCAUUUCCAAACUGAUGGACCUACUGUCAGAUAGUCGGGAGAUCAUCAGGAAUGAUGCUCUUCUGUUACUGAACCAGCUUACAAAGGGCAAUGCAAACAUUCAGAAGAUUGUGGCCUUUGAGAAUGCCUUUGAACGACUUCUAGACAUUGUGCAGGAGGAAGGGGCAAUAGACGGAGGUAUUGUGGUAGAAGACUGUCUACUUCUGCUUUUAAACCUGUUAAAGAACAACUCAUCCAACCAGAACUUUUUCCGGGAGGGAAGCCACAUCAAAUAUCUUAGUCCCUUCUUUGACCUGGACCAGGACCAGCACAGGCCUCAGGUCGGCUGGUCAGCACAGAAAGUCACCAACAUACACCUACUGCUGCAGCUUGUGAGGGCUCUAGUCUCCCCCAGUAACCCUCAACAGCUGACAACCAACUGUCAGAAAACAAUGUUCACAUGUGGUCUAGUCCAGGAGCUGUGUAAGAUACUAAUGGCUAGUGGGGUACCUGCCGAUGUCCUCACUGAGACAAUAAACACCGUAGCAGAGGUGAUCCGAGGCAAUCUACAUAACCAGGAGUACUUUGCGUCUGUCAUGGCCCCCUCAAAUCCCCCAAGACCAGCAAUAGUGGUGUUACUGAUGUCAAUGGUAAACGAGAAGCAGCCAUUCACUCUCCGCUGUGCUGUUCUCUACUGCUUCCAGUGCUUCGUGUACAAGAAUGAGGUUGGACAGUCUCAGAUCGUACAAACACUACUGCCAACAUCUGCUGAUUCCACAACAAUAUCAGCAGGCCAGCUUCUGUGUGGAGGCCUGUUCAGUGGUGACUCCUUGUCCAACUGGUUUGCAUCUGUAGCCCUGCUAAAUGCCAUAUGUGAUAACCCCACACAGAAGGAACAGCUACUGAGAGUCCAGCUGGCUACCAGCCUGGGUAACCCCCCUGUCUCCCUUCUCCAACAGUGCUGUAACAUUCUGGCCCAGGGUGGUAGAGUACAGACCCGUAUUGGGAUCCUAAUGCUACUGGCCACAUGGAUGGCCGACUGUCCAACUGCUGUUGCACACUUUCUAUUCAACACAGCAAAUGUGCCAUAUUUAAUAUCGCAGGUGUCCUCGUCUGACGGGGACGAGAAUGAACUCAAUGUUCAUGGUAUGUGUGCCUUCCUUCUGGGGAUAUGUGUGCUCUACAAUGAUGACCAGAAUGAAACAUUCACCACGGCAUCAAUACGACAGAUCAUAGAGAAGCGGAUAGGCUUAGAAAGCUUCACGGACAAGUUAUCCCAUGUGACCAAGAGUGAGACAUACACGCGUGCAAUCAAGAGGCCUCACCUGAACUACAAACAGGCCUCAGAAGUGUUCUUUGACCACCAGUUUGCUAUGCUGUUUAAGACUGUAGAACAUGACAUUUUAAAAGCUCUUUCACCAUCUAACAAUAUAAAAGAUAACAAAAAGCAACUUGCCAACUUGAAAGAACAUGAAAGUAUAGUCUCACAGUACAAGGAUUUGAUACAGGAGCAGGAUGAGAGAUUACGAGAGACUACCGGUCAGUUGGAAAGUCUGCAGGCGGUACAUUCGAGAGCUCAGAGACAACUAGAUGAGUACAGUCAACAGAUCCAGCAACUACGUGACCAGAAUGCUCUACUCAAGGCCACCAAAGGUUCCAAGUCUGCUGAAGGAGGUGUUGACAGAGAAGAAGAGGUGCGGGGUUUAAAUGAGAGGCUGCAGACCCUUAAUGUGCAAUUGGCUGAAAAGGAUGCCCACAUAGAUAAACUAAAGACAGAUCUCUCUGUAGCAGAGGCUCGUUUAGGUGCUCAAGAGCUCGGUGAGGAAGAUAAGGAGAAUAAUCCUAGUGAAACGGCCGUGCUUCAACAGACUGUCACUAGAUUAAAUACCGACUUGCACGAACUAAACCUAGAAGUGACUAACAAAGAUAUGGAAAUUAACCGGAUAACGUCACAAUGUACUCAGUUACAGUCACAGUUAGAAGAUGCAGUAGUAUCAGCCAAUAUGAACCAAAGUGCCGAGGUUAACACUUCCCGGGUGACUGACCUUGAAAGUGAAGUGACCAAGGUCACAGACGAGAGGAAUAGUCUACAAGAUCGUCUAAGGAAAGCUAAUGAAGAAAACCUAAACCUCUGUGAGAAAAUUAAUAGAUUAGAAGAAGAAUGUAGCAAGAAGGACAGGGAGAAGGACGAGCUGAAAGACGAGUUGGAAACAUUGAAGAAAGAGCAAGAGGAUUUGCUGGUACUGCUGGCAGACCAGGACACAAAGAUAGACAAAUACAAGAGUCGACUUAGGGAACUAGGACAAGAGGUUGAAGAGGAUGAUGAUGACUUUGACGAUGAUGAAGAUGUGGAGGACGAAAGCUAACAUCCAGAUAAUCCUUUCUUCCAGACCUGUACAAAACCUCAUCUAUGAAUAAACCAGCCAAAUAUUUUUAGAGGGCCCCAAAAGGAUUUUACUAACUAAAUCUGGGACUGAAAUGUUUAUCAUUCCUCAUAUUGAGUACAAAACCCAAUCAACCAGCAACCAGAAUUGUGUUCCUUUUCCCUUUUCUCAGAUUUUCUUUCAGAUCACUAUUCCAGGCCCUAAUUUCUAGAAACUUCUUAAGCUUAACAGGCUUAAGUUGCUUAUUUCAAUUAGCCAAAAUACAUACUUAUAGUGAUUUUUUAUCUAUGAAAAUGGUUUAUUGUGAAAAUCAUAACGAUAAUUUCUAUCUUAAGUAUUAAAACAUUUAAAGAAGUAUAUAAAAUGCAAAAUAUUGAAAGACAAAAAGAAUGGGUUUAGCUUAAUCCAGUUAUAAGAGAUUUAUGAAGUUUCACGAAAAUGGGACUUGGUUUUGUUUACUUUUUUCAUUAAAUAUAAAUAUCUGAUCAGUUCAACACUUUUUUAGGUUGUAAGGUACAGUGGCAAUGAAAGGGUUGUUUUUUUACUGCAAAAGAAAUGUUAAAUGGACAAAUAUGAUUUUUUACAUAGAAGGUUUUGUGAACAGUGAAUCAUAUAAAACCGAAUGUCCACAGUUUAUGUAUACAAUAGGCUUAAAGCUAGUUUGCAUAUUUGAACGAUUUGUUUUGUUAAUAGUUAUCACUGGAAAAAUAAUUACCAAUCAAUAAUGAGUUUGAUUAUAUUUGAUGGAACCCCAAAAUUAAAGUCUUAUGCAAUUACCUGCUCAACGAAUUGUAUUAAUCUGUUCAAAUACCUUGUUUAUUUUGUAAUAUAUUUCUUGCUCUGUGAACAUCAUUUAGUGAUAAAAUGGGAACCAUUUGACUGCUGCAGAUUUUUCCUGUAGUGCUAUAUGGGAAAAGUGCAAGAGAGGAAAUGUAACCUUUUAGCCAUUUGAAGUGCUUCACCUUAUCAUUUUAAUUAUUAUGUCAUAUACUGUGAAAUACUUUUGUACGUAAUUGAUAAAAAUCAAUAUCAGUAAAAUUGGGUGUAUGUACACAAAGUAAUGGUAAUUUGUUAUCCCAAGAAGUGGAAAAAUCACCUGUUGUAAAUUUGAUGUCAACUGUAACUUGUUGUUUUUUGACUUCCGAGAAUUAUUUUAAUAUUUUGGUGGGUUUAAUGGUAAUGCUAGACAUGUGUUAUUAAUUUAUUAUUGUCUUCAUUUUUGAAAACACAGACUGAAUGAUCUUUAGAAUAACAAUAUACUGAGAAAGGGAAUGUAUUUUCCCUUUCAUCUUUGAACCGUUAGGAAUUAUGACAUAUUAUAUUUAUGAAAUAAAUGCUAUUGAAAUAUA